AUGCUUCCUUCUUCAGCCAAAGAAUUAUGUAAAAACUUGUUAGACACUAUCAGUCAAUUUAAAUCACCAGCGUAUAAAUCUUUUUUUGAACGUAAAGUAAAUGAAGAUUAUAAAGAGUUACAAAAGGUUUCUAAUGAUGGUAAAAAAUCCUGCGUAGUUAAAGAUUAUAUUAAAAGGCAAAAAGAUCUACUUGAUGUAAUGAAGAGGCAGAUUGUUAUUUUUAAUAUGUUUUAUGACAAAAAAAAUAAUAUAUAA